AUGAGCAUUGUUCAGGUGCCAUUUGACAAAAAAUUCCAGAAUAUCGAUAAUACCUGGCAGCUGCCUCUUGAAAACUCCAAACAACGCGGUCACGUUCGGUUCUAUAAUUACACUAGUCCGGGGUCGACUUAUCCCACAAAGAAUGUUCAUGUCGCGGGCGUGUAUCUUCCCCCAGGUUACAACAAAGCACACCAGUAUCCGGUACUCUACUUCCAUCACGGGCGGGGAGGGAAUCACGCCGACUGGUUUAAUCAGGGCCGGCUGCACAACAUCGUGGACAGGCUAAUUGACAGCGGCGAAAUGCCCCCUGUUGUUAUCAUCACCCCGAAUUUAUACAAUUUAGGAUUUGCACCGGAGGACUUUGCCACAAAUUCCACCGACUACCACUACACUACCUACGAUCAAAUCGGUAUCUACGCCUUCGACGCCGCUGUCCGGGAAAACUACUUUAAGUACCUCAUGCCCUGGGUGGAGAAGACUUUCGCUGUUGGAACAUUGCCCGCAAAUCGUAGCUUUGUGGGGCUAUCGAUGGGAGGUGGGCUUGCCACCGAAAUGCUUUACAAUGCCACCGACUACUUCGACGCAUACGGUAUAUUCUCGCAGGUCCCGUUCGUUCCUCCUGUCGCCGCGCUAUCGGUGCCCGCAUUCAAGACCAAGAAGUUGCUAUUGGGCGCAGGUCUGUAUGAUUUUGCCCUCCCGAGCACCCUCAAUGCCGAGUCCCUUUUAGCGCAAGCAGGUGUUAAGAACAUCAUGAGCCAUAUCUCGAUCUGUGGGGGUCAUAGCUGGUGCGUAUGGCAGGAGCUGGCGAGAAUAUUCUUGAAAGAUGUGAAGUUUGCGAAUUAG